CUACCACCAUAUGAUAUCGUCCAUUUUUCACACGGUAGCAGUGUUUUGACUUGACCAUACUAUGUUACGGCAAGCGAUUCCACAUCAUGGUAUCUCCCAAAAACCUGCAGGGUGACCUGAGAAUCGCAACCGAAUAUGAAUCUCGAUUCCAGAAGCUGGUCUCUGACGAACCGCUCGGGGAGACCGAGGAUAGUGAAGAUUUUGGCGAUCCAAUGGAAGAGCUCUGUUUCUGGAUAGCUUCUAACUGUAACACCCACAUGAAAUCAUUAGCCUCUGCACAACCACAAGUUCAGACUCUCCAUGACUGGUUUUAUCCUGACACCCUUGUUCUUACGCCUCAAGUGGUUAACGGGAUACUGCAUGUGCCGUUGUCUAAACCAAACCAGCAGCUCCUGCUGCAACUAACACCAAACAUAGAAUUAGAUCAAUCUAUCACAAACCUGGGAAUUCCAGUUAUUCCACCUUCAAAAGUCUUCUUACCACAAUAUAAUAUCAAGGACGGCUUGCCUCAGCGACCAACAAAGGUCUUCACUAACGAUGGAAUGACAUGUUUUUUCAAACCCACUCAUGUCCCCGAAUCUGCAAUCCGAGAGAUAUCAACAUUACUCCGUCUUCAAGAUCUUGGCUUAUCAGAAAACGUUCGUGCACCUAGGCUCUAUGGACUUGUGCAAUACCAAGACUCUUCCAAAAUAACAGGAAUGCUGUUGGAAUAUAUCGAGCAUGAAGAUGACCUGGGCCAUAUCGACGUGCAGGCCACUGCUUUGGCAGUCCGAGAAAAAUGGAUAGAUCAGAUUAAGUACAUAAUAAAAUCCUUACACCCUGCAGGCAUAGUUCGGGGUGAUGCAAAGCCAGAAAAUCUCCUGGUCGAUACUGACGAAAAUCUGUGGAUCAUUGAUUUUGGAGGGGGCUACACUCAGGAUUGGGUGGAUGAGGGAAACGAGGGAACGAUUGAAGGGGAUAACCAGGCACUUUCUAGGAUUGUCGAUUUUCUUACAGGUGAGGCUGAGAAGGACGUAACGUGAGCGGGUCGCUUCGGCACAAGCCCAGAGCCUCUGUAUAUGUAUUUAAUCAUUCGGUGUUUCUAGAUGAUAGAAUCUACUAAUUCAGACGUUCUCCCCGUUUGGGAUGACCUUGCUAGGGGAACAGACAUUUCAGUCCAGCUGCUUUAUCGGGGGAAGGGAUAAUCCUUAUGGAAAUCAAUGGAUCUAUGUAGUAUGGUAUACAAGGAAUACCAUAUCGAGGACCACAGAUGGUACCGAUAUUGAAUGGUAUACAGGUACCGCGAGAAGGACCAUUGGUGGUAUAUGGGAUGGUAUAUCUAGCAUAGAUAUAUAACGACACUCAUUCCAUAUACUUAGAAUAGUUGUUUAUGACUAAUACAAUUGUCA